ACGCCGUUUCCGGUGACGUAUUAAUCAGGCGCCGACGACUUGCAACUUUUGCUGUGUAAUCUGACCAAGCUGCGAAGAGUAACGCUGUUUGCAUACUUUUUUUUAAACCAUCGAAGUUGCACUUGUUGGAGAGAAUGGAAUAUUUAAUCGGCAUACAAGGACCGGAUUUUGUCGUCGUGGCUGCGGACAAUGUUGCGGCCAACAGCAUCAUUCAGAUCAAACACGACUACGACAAGAUGUUCAAACUGAGUGAGAAGAUUCUGUUACUGUGUGUGGGAGAGUCGGGAGACACAGUCCAGUUUGCGGAGUACAUUCAGAAGAACGUUCAGCUCUACAAAAUGAGAAACGGCUAUGAACUCAGUCCAGCAGCAGCAGCAAACUUCACGAGAAAGAACCUUGCAGACUACCUUCGAAGCAGGACGCCAUAUCACGUCAAUCUGUUGCUGGCCGGCUACGACGACGCAGACGGUCCGGGUCUGUACUACAUGGACUACCUGUCCUCGCUGGCCAAGGCCCCCUUUGCCGCCCACGGCUACGGGGCCUUCCUCACGCUCACCAUCCUCGACCGCCACUACAGACCAGAUCUGACCAGGGAUGAAGCAGUGGAGAUCCUGAAGAAGUGCAUUAACGAACUGAACACGCGCUUCAUCCUGAACCUUCCCUCCUUCAGCGUCCGUUUGAUUGACAAGGAGGGCAUCCAUGACCUGGAGAAGCUCACUCCCAACAAGUGACCGUUCCCCCGCUUAGCUACCGGCACUAACAAUCCUUUUUUUUUUUUUUUUCUACCGCUGACCUCCUUGUUCUUUCUGUUCCAAUAAAAAGUGACGCGCAGUUGAGAUAUA